GUAUUUCAAAUUCAUAUCUUCGGUUAGUACAAACUACAACCAGAGAGAAAGAACGGACGUUGCAAACAUUUGUUCUCCACUGCUGCUGCACAUGUGAAGCUUGUUUCACCAAAAAGAUCAGUGCUUUCAGCCUUCUCUGAUCGCAAAAUGGAGAAUUCCGACAUACCCACGUUGCCAAACCCAGUCUCUUCUGCAAAUAAUCCGCCGCUCAAGCACCACCACCACAGCUGCAGCGACGGGGACGUUCUCACCGCCGUCGCCAGGGCUUUCACGGACAACAAAGAGAACAAUCAUACUAAUACUAGCUGCUGCGACAACAACGACAAGGAGAAUUCUGUUUCUUUUAGGGGGAAGUUGAAUUCGAAUUCAAAGUCUUUGUCGUCUUCCACCAACGGCUCUCUAGUUUUGCAGCAGCAGAAGAAGUGUCUGUCUACAGGGAGGGUUCUGAAGCCUUCGUCUUCGACACUGCAGAUGUGUAUGCAGAUGAAUGAGCCGGAUCGAGCUUUCAAGUCCAACAAGAUGAUUUGGGAUGCUUCCCCAUGUGCUCAAUCCGACCACUCUUCCUCUUUGAACAUUUGGGACUACUCCGAUUCCGAGGCUGCCCCUGCUUCUUCUUGGUCCACAUUGCCCAAUAGGGCUCUGUUGUGCAGGCCAUUGCCAUUGGAUGUUGGGAAAUGCACUUGCCUCAUAGUGAAAGAAGCUUCUACAGACGGUUUAGGUGGUGGCACUCUCUAUUCCCUAUAUACCAAUGAAGGGUAUGGGAGGCAGGAUAGGAAACUGGCGAUAGCCCACCAUAGGCGCCAUGGUGGGAGGUCUGAAUUUAUCAUAGCGCAGAAAAUGAAGGGACUUGUAUCCUGUUCAGAUGAGAGUUUUGUUGGGAAUGUGACAGCUAACCUCUUGGGUUCCAAGUACCACAUUUGGAAUCAGAAUCAGCUUGGCUCUGCCAAUUGUUCAAAGAAACAAGGGAAUCCACUUCUUGGUGUUAUCACGUUUGUACCCACUAUUGGCACCUGGACUGGAAGCUACAGAAGAAUGAAAGCGUACAUUCCCAAUCAUCAAUCUAUGCAGCUAAAGAACACUACUCAGGUGCAGCACGUCAAUGGUCUGCCAAAUGACUGGGAGGAGAGAAGGAACAAAGUGAACAAGCUGCAUUCGAGGACGCCUCGCUACAACAAUGUAACAAAACAAUAUGAGUUGGACUUUAGAGACAAGGGAAGAGCUGGGCUUACGAUCCAAAGCUCAGUGAAGAACUUCCAGUUGACAUUAGAGGAAAAUGGGAAGCAGAUAAUUUUGCAGCUUGGAAGGGUAGGCAAAUCCAAGUUUGUGAUGGAUUUCAGAUAUCCACUCAAUGGCUACCAAGCUUUCUGCAUAUGCUUGGCUUCAAUCGAUUCAAAACUGUGCUGUGCAGUUUGAUUAUCACAAGUUUAAGUAUUUUGCUGCCCCUUCUCAAUGACUAGUUGACUAAAAGAUGAGGCUGGAUAGACCAAAAACAACUAAAAGAAACAGGCCAAACUAGCUACGCCACCAACCUUGUAGGACACUGGAAGAGAGUCUUUGUUACAUCUGGAUCAUUCUGCCUCCAUUAUCUGACAUUAUUGUAGCUUUCAACUUCUAAAAGUUCUCUUAGUUUGUCUGUUUCAGUAUCGAUUUCUUCUGCUAUCGUCCAUAUCAAGUGUUAUCAGAACAACCAUUGCGAAUUUCAAUGCCAAUAUCUGUCAUUGUAAAGGAAUUUCAAUCCCUUUGUAGUGUUUGUAAAAGGAAAGACUUUCCAUUCAGUAAUAUUUCCCUUCCCAUAAAGCUUCUCACGGCUAAAAAAUAAGGGAGAAAAGAUCUAUCUAGUACAUGUACAAUUCCUAUAAACUAUCUGUACAAAAAAUUGAAGUUCAUCAUCUUGAUUCCUUCAGUCAUACUUCACCGUGAUCAACUCAAGUCUGAAGUCAUAGAAAUGAAAAUUUCUUCCCGGCAAGGAAUUGUCAACCCACCCAUUGGAUGAUCAAAACCAAAUUCUUCUUCAGCCAUACUCAACAGCUCCUGAAAUGCAGGCUGGCUCAAAUACGACAGUGGUACUACAAACCGCUUCCUCUGUGACGACUCUCCCACAUAUACUGCCAAGUAACCCUUUGGCACAUCUUGAAACCUUGAAGAUGAUGAUUUGCUAGAACCGGAACCGGACCGUCUAAGAAUUUGCUUGGCAACUUUUCCUGGCAACCCAAUAGCCAUGAUCCUUACUUUUUGUUGGAUGAACUUGUGGUACUGAAAGAGCUGAAGAGAGCAGAUCUCACUGGACAGUUGAAAGACGUCACAAACUUUGUGCUGGU